AUGCAGUUCAGUCCAGUGGCAGUCCAAGUCUAGUUCAGUGUUAGUGUUUGUGAACAAGGAAGGAAAUGUCUAUAGAUUAUUAAUGUUUUUUGGUUUAAGAAUAUUAAAGAAACACACAAAUUCUGUAAAGAAUUAGCACCCGUUUUGCUAUCUUACCCUCAUCCCCUUGACAUGGCUGCAACUGAUAGCUCUUCAAUGCGUUUUAGCGAUCACACUCUAGAUAAAGCCACUAAAGCUAAAGUAAGUCUAGAAAACUAUUAUAGCAAUCUCAUAACACAAUAUGGAGAACGAAAACAGAGGUUGGCAAAACUUGAAGCACAACUUAAAGAUGAAACACUUUCUGAGUCUCAAAAACAAGAAAAAAGACAGCAACACGCACAGAAAGAAACGGAGUAUUUGCGACUAAAGAGACUCCGUUUGGGCGUUGAAGAUUUUGAAGCAUUAAAAGUUAUUGGCAGAGGAGCAUUUGGAGAAGUUCGUUUAGUACAAAAAAAGGACACAGGUCAUGUUUAUGCAAUGAAAGUAUUACGCAAGGCGGAUAUGCUUGAAAAGGAACAAGUAGCUCAUGUAAGAGCAGAACGAGAUGUGUUGGUGGAAGCCGAUCAUCAAUGGGUCGUUAAAAUGUAUUACAGUUUUCAAGAUCCAGUAAACUUGUAUUUAAUAAUGGAGUUUCUCCCUGGAGGGGACAUGAUGACCCUUUUGAUGAAAAAAGACACUCUCUCCGAAGAAUGCACACAAUUUUACAUUGGAGAAACGGCUUUGGCAAUUGACUCAAUCCACAAACUUGGUUUCAUACAUAGAGAUAUAAAACCAGACAAUCUUCUACUUGAUGCACGAGGCCACUUAAAGCUUUCUGAUUUUGGACUAUGUACAGGUUUAAAAAAAUCACAUCGUACCGAUUUCUAUCGCGAUUUAUCGCAAGCGAAACCAUCAGAUUUCAUUGGAACUUGUGCAAGCCCAAUGGAUUCUAAACGACGAGCAGAAUCUUGGAAACGAAAUAGACGAGCGCUAGCAUAUAGUACAGUUGGAACUCCAGAUUAUAUAGCGCCUGAAGUUUUCUUGCAGACAGGAUAUGGACCAGCUUGUGAUUGGUGGAGCUUAGGAGUCAUAAUGUAUGAAAUGCUAAUGGGAUAUCCUCCGUUUUGCUCAGACAACCCUCAAGAUACUUAUAGAAAGGUUAUGAAUUGGAGGGAGACAUUAAUAUUUCCUCCUGAAAUUCCUAUUUCGGAAGAGGCAAAAGAAACCAUAAUUAAGUUUUGCUGCGAAACAGAUCGGAGGCUCGGGACCCAGAGAGGAAUGGACGAUUUAAAAUCAGUCCCAUUUUUUCGAGGAGUUGAUUGGGAACAUAUAAGAGAAAGACCAGCUGCAAUACCUGUAGAAGUGCGUUCCAUCGAUGACACAUCAAACUUCGAUGAUUUCCCCGAUGUUUCCUUAGAAAUUCUCUCAUCGCCCGUACCACAAGGAAGUGAAAUUGCUAAAGAUUGGGUGUUUAUUAAUUACACAUUCAAAAGGUUCGAAGUAAGAAGCUUGGAUUAAAAUGAACUUUCGUGAAAUAAAGAUAUGUAGUUUUAAAUUACAAAUUCGCUUACUUAUUUUAAUAACUUUCCAUUGUGAUGUAUUAUAAAUUCAUCGGCCCGAUAACUAGAAAUAAAAAUUUAAAGAAAUUA